CCUGCGCGGAGACGGGAAUUGGCAGAGUUGUGUUCUGCGCGUGCGUCGCUUUCAAGGUGUCGGCUGCCGGGCUCGGUUCUUCUGUUUCUCUUUUUCUUCGAGCUGAUUUCCAGGGCUCCGGCUUCGACCAUGUCUUACGGGCCGUUGGAGACUUACAGGCCCGGGGGCCUUCCGCCCCGGGACUUCAGCGCCAUUAUCCAGACCUGCAGCACCAAUGUCCAGCGCCUGGCACAGAGCACAUCUCAGAUAAAGAACUUGAUGAACCAGCUGGGAACCAAACAGGACUCUAGCAAACUGCAGGAAAACUUGCAACAGUUGCAGAACACAGCAAACCAACUCGCCAAAGAGACAAAUGAAUACCUGAAGGAAUUGGGUUCCCUGCCACUUCCUUUAUCUACAUCGGAACAGCGCCAGCAGAAGCUUCAAAAGGAACGCUUAAUGAAUGACUUUUCUGCGGCCUUAAAUAACUUCCAAGCAGUUCAGAGAAGAGUGUCAGAGAAAGAGAAGGAAACCGUAGCCCGGGCAAGAGCUGGUUCCCGACUCAGUGCAGAUGAGAGGCGCAGGGAAGAACAGUUGAUGUCAUUUGACAGCAAUGAAGAAUGGAACCAGAUGCAGUCUCAAGAAGAAGAUGUGGCAAUAACAGAACAAGACCUUGAACUAAUUAAAGAGAGAGAAACUGCCAUUAGGAAAAUAGAGGCAGAUAUCCUGGAUGUGAAUCAGAUAUUUAAAGAUUUGGCUAUGAUGAUCCAUGAUCAAGGAGACAUAAUUGAUAGCAUAGAAGCAAAUGUAGAAAAUGCAGAAGUCCACGUGGAAAAUGCCAAUGAUCAGUUACAGAGAGCUGCUUAUUAUCAGAAAAAAUCUCGUAAGAAGAUCUGCAUCCUGAUUACUGGUCUGACUGUGGUUGUUGUAAUCUUGGGAUUACUGAUCUGGUACACAGCACAUUGAAAUGUUUUACAUGAAAUUGAAUUUGUUAUUGUUGCUUUUUCCCCACCAGAGAAAAAUGGAUAGAUGGGCCUGUGGAAUGAGUUGAUUAUGAGAUGGAACAAAAAUCUGUUUUUCUCUAGUAGUUGUACUAUAUAGAAGCUAACAUGAAGAUAGGUAGUUUGUGGUCUUAGUAAACCACGAAGGCAGUAUUUAUCAGUUAAUGUAAGGUUUUUUUAAUGUAACUGAACUUAUCUUGUGAGGUAUUUUUUUGUUUAAUAUAUUGCCAUUUUGAAUGUAAAAGCGUUAACAAGUGUGAUAAUCUAUAUGAUUUUAUGGCAUAUGCACUACAGAUGUAACAUUUUUAAUAUGUACUUCCUUUUUACAAAUGAAUUGCAUAGGAAUAACUACCAUGAAGGGCAAAAUCCAACCAACUCUCUCGUACAAAUCUCUUGUGAUCCAAAGUGCUACUGAGGUCUGUGCUCAUACGCAGUGGGCAUCUAUUUUUCUUUUAAAACUGUUCCUGGGCUACACCAUAAUAUUAGUGUAGGGAAUAUGUGAUAUUCCAUGUUAUGCUGCAGUUUCAGUUCCAGCAAGAACAUCCAAUGUCAGUUGUUUAUGAGAAUUGCAAUUCAAAAAUUUCUCAAGGAGCUCAUGUUUCCCAUCCUUCAUGCACUGCUUCUGAAGCUUUAGAUGCUGUUUUAUAAGGCAGCACAGUGGGCUCAGAGACCACUCAUGGCAUACAGAAGUAAAUGUUUUCUAUAUUGCAGGAUUUUUAAAAACUUGUCAAAAGAACUUAAGCACCUCCAUUUAAAAAUGGCAUACAUAGUGAAAAAUGUUGGGGUCAUCUGGGUUUGAAAUCAAAAAUGUUCUUAGUAAUAACUAGUUUAACUAGCAAAUAGUUUAGUGUUUUCUAAAAGGCCUUCUCCUGAUUACAUUUCUGUGGUGACAGUAAAUCAUUUAAUAGUGUCCAAACUUAUUGCCCAGUGAGAUUGUAACUGUUGAUGGGCUUCUUCUCAGCGGUGGACCGGUAGCACAUGUAUUGAACACUACCAUUUAUGAAUUUGCACAGGGUUUCAAAUAGGUGAUAACUAAGGUAGCAUGGAAAAGUCAGCCAUUUCAUUGAAAAUGAAGACACAUGCAUACACUUAUGUCCUUCUGACAGAAAAUUUCUGAUCUUUCUAGUAGUUGUCUGAAAAUUAUCACUUUUCUCCCUAUUGUUUGCAAGAAAUGGCUUUCAAAUACAGUAGAAAACCAUGAGAAUGGGCUUGUACUCACUCCAUUUCUUCAUUUCUCACAUGAAAGGAGAAAAUGGCAUAUUUUAGUACAGAAACUAUAAUCAAUUUCUUGAUUGUUUCCCCUAUUUUGAUAAAACUGAAAUCUCCAUUCCUUAACAAUAAAAGGAAGGUUUAAGUUUCCUUCUUUGUGUAUGACGGGUUCAGUGAAGCGAGCAUAUAAACCCAUGCACUUUCUAAGAUGGAAACCUGGUUUCCUAAUGUAACCUACUUUGAGACUUUGAUUGUUCAGAUUUGAUAUUAAAAUAACUGGGAAAGCUCUUAGCAUGAUGCCACUCCUCAGACAUAACUUCUUGAAAAGGUUCUAAUUGAAAGUUCUGUAUAAAGAAAAAUAGCUACAUCUUUUCAUUGACAUGCAUCUUUUUUUUUUAGAAAAAAUUAUGAAUUUAAAAAUAUUAAACUGUGAAAGUUGGUGUUGGAGAGGAAUGAUGCCCUCAGUUGCACAUCUUUCUUUGCACUAUUUCUGUCAUUCCAUCUUCUUAACUACAAUAAACGUUUAAAAAAGUA